CAUUGUUGCUUUAGGAUCGCAAGUUUCACCACCUAAAAUUUACAGUUUGUAUUUUUCGGUGCUCAAAAAGGCCUCAGGAACCUUCAAUUCAGGUCCUCAGACCACAAACAGUAACCUGUAACCUGUAACUUUUACGCUCAGCAACAGGUUUCACAUUUUAAAGCCUUAUAGGGGGUCUGACAGGGACGUGUCUGUUUUUAUUUGGACACUAACAAAAGAGACGGAGAGACAGGUCGACAGUGCCGAAGCUUCUUUUGGAUAUCUGCUCCUAAUUCAUUUUUAGGAUUGGGGUUUUACCAUAGCACAGACAACAUGGAAGCACGGACAAUCACCACUACCACCACCAUCCUGGAGAGUAAAGGAGGUGAUCCCAGUGCUCCAACUGUCCGAGUGUCCAAACGUACCAUGACCGACGACCUGUACACCACGUUCAGCUCGCCUGUAGCCUGGAUCCUGGUUCUGGCCCUAAUCAUCACCUGGUCCGCUGUUGCCAUAAUCGUUUUUGACCUCGUGGACACCAAGGGCCUGGAAGCUCAUACAUUAUACUGUGACGACCCCUGUUUACCACCUGGACCUCAGACGGCGCGUGCCAGGAAAGCCUUCAAGGAGGCAGGCGGCCUUAGAGGAGGUAUUCAACUCCCAAGCAGUGAUCCAGAGAGGACAGCUAAGGGAGCCAUGGAUGAUUCGCCCGGCUGGAUGAACGGCAUCCUGAGCUUUGUAUCUAAUUUGUUAGCACCCGAGGAGGAGAUAGAAGAAGGAGAAUGGCCAGCAGUGAAGAAAAAAGGAGAAUUUUUACCAGCAAGGAAAAAAGUUUCAAAACUAAAGGCCAAGGAGAUCAUUCAGAGAGAGGAAGAGGAGCCGCAACUUGAUGAGGAAGAAGACGAUGACGAGGAGGAUCACGCUAAAAAGGAAGAAGAAGCAGAGGAAGAUUUUUAUGAGGAGGUAGAGGAUGAAGAUGAGGAGGAUGAUGAUGACGAGGAGGAGGAGGAGGAGGCAAAAGCUAAAUCUGUAAUGAAAAAGAAAAAAGAAACAGAAGCAAAGAAGAUGAAGGAAGGGGCAAAGAAAAAGGAAAAACUAAAGGUAGAGGAGGAGGAGGAAGAGCUGGCCAUCUCAAAAAAGAAAGAAAAAGAACCAAAAGAACAGAAAAAGAGAAAGAAAGAGGAAGAGGAAGAUAUUGAGAAAGAAAAGAAGGAAGCAAAGGAAAAGCCUGAAGCUGGAAAGAAGAAGGAGAAGAAAGAGAAGCAGGCGGCAGAAGAGACAAAGAAAGAGAAAGAGGAGAAAGAAAAGGAAGCAAAGGAAAAGCCUGCAGCUAAGAAAGAAAAAGAGACCAAGAAACAAAGAGAGGCAGUGGCCAAGGAAGAGGAGGAGAAAGCAAAAGACAAACCUGUAGAUGAAAAGAUAGGAAAAAAGCAAAAGAAAGAAAAGGCUGAAAAGAAGAUGAAGGAGGAAGAGGAGGAGGAUGAAGGCCCAGUAGUAGAAGAAAAACCAAAGGCAGAAAAAGAGGCAGGUAAAGAGGAAGAAGAAGAUGAAGAAGCUGAAGAUGAAGAAGUGAAAAAAGCAAAAGCUGAAGAAGAAGACAUAGAAGAAGAAAAGGAAAAAGAAGAAGAGGAAGAUAAAGAAGAAGAAGAAGCAAAAGAUAAAGCUGAAGAUGAAGAUGAUGAAGAAGAGGAGAAGCCAGCAGCAGUUGAGGUAGAUGCUGAAGAGGAUGAGGUUGCUAAACUAGAUGAAGAGAAAAAAGAAGCUGAAGACGUUUCUGAAGAAGAUGAGGAUGAAGAGGAAGACGUGGUGACUGUAGCACCUCUUGAUGUUCUCGAUAAGCAGGAUGUAGUCGAAACUGCUGAUGAGGAACCAGAGGGUGAUGAGACUGCUGAAGACAAACCAGCCAUCGAUACAGAUGCCAGUCCAGUGGGUGCCGAGGUUGCUCCAUCUGAAGAAGGCGCUGAUGAAAAACAAGAGGCUGAAAUCACAGAAGAUGAAAAAACUGCUGAAGUAACUGAAGAAAAAGAUGAGGAGGAUAAAGAAGACCUAAAAUCAGACAUCGACACAGAAGAGACACUUGUUGAUGCAGCUGCUUUAAUCGAUGACCAAGAAGACAAAGACCAAAUUCAGGACAAAGAGGACGAGCUGGAGGAAGAAGCUUUAAAACCGGAGCCUGAACAGGAAACCAGAGACGAAGCACCAGUCGUUAGAGCUGCUCCUCCAGAAACUGAAAAGCCACAACCAGCCGAAUUGAUUAAGAAAAAAGAGAAAAAAGAUGAAGAAGAUGCUGAAAAACAAGAAUCUACGACCUGUGUGUGUAUGCAGCCACAACAACCGGUACUACCUACAACACAAGAACCUGAACCAAAAGAGGAACAAGUAGAAGAAAUAAAGAAAGAGGAGCCAGAGCCAAAACAGAAGCAAGUAGAACAAAUGGUGGAGGCUAAGCUGCCCAAAGAGAAAGUUCCAGAUGUUGCUGAUGUUGUGGCACCAGUUCAUGACCUUCCUGCAUGUCGCCCGACUCCGGUGUACUGCCCAGCUCCGCCCGGCUGGUAUGUGCAUCACAUAGUCACCGAUAGUCCCUUGCCCCCGACGCCUGUGCGAGAGUCUCAGUUUGCUGCAAUAGCAACUCAUGCGGUCACCAUUCAAAAAGCAGAGCCAGAUGUAGAAAAAGAGAAGCCAAAAGAAACCACAGAAAAGAAAGAGCCUCCUGCAAAGGAGCAGAAACCUAAAUCAUCUCGCAGAAAGAGGGUCUCGACUGGUUCAGGUCGAGAGGAUCCCAAAAAGAAGCUGAGCCUGAUCCCACACAGACGAGCAUCUCCAGCAGAAGCACCAAAGCUGAUUAAACCCACCAAAAGUGCAGGACUUGCGAGGAGGACGAUUAAACCUGUGGAGAAAGAAACAGCCAAACUGACCAAACCCACCAAAACUGCAGGACUUGUUAGGAGAAGAAUAAAAGCUGUGGAGAAAGAAGUACCAAGACUGACCAAACCCACCAAACCUGCAAGACUUGCUAGGAGGAAAAUUAAACUUGUGGAGAAAGACGUGAAGAAAGGACUAAAGGAGGUGAAGCCCACUGAUAAAGAUAAAAUCAGAAUCAAGCCAAGAAAGGUGAAACAAUCAGUUAAAGCACGACCUGUGGCAGAAAAAGUCAAAACAGACGCUGUAAAAGCUGUAAAAGCUAAACUGGCUCCAAAAAAGAAAGAAGUGGCCAUGAAACCCACCGCAGAGGAAAAAGUAGCUCUCAAUAAACCUGCUCCAGAAGAAACACAAGCUAAUGUUGAAGAGAAAACACCUGAUCAGCCUGCACCUGAAAAAGAAUCUAAAGGUGAAGAAAAUGUUACUGAAGGAAAGAAGCCAGGUAAGAUCCCGUACUUCCAGUGUGUGCUAAUGGGUGGAAAAGCCAGCCAGUACCCUUUACGUCCGCUAUCUCCUGCUAUGACUCCUGCUAUAAACCCGGCCAUGAUGAGAGCGAUGAUGGAGCAGAGAGCCAGCGUGAUGGGGCAGAAGUCCAGACCCGCAGGACAGUAGGACAGAAGUUUGUUUUGCUCCUGAACAGCUGAUGAUCUUACUGCUGCUGAUCUCUCUAAUGAGAUCUUUGCUUAACAAGACUGAACACCCGACAGAGACGUCCUGCUUUUAUGAUGGAUUUAAAGCCAGAAUAUUCCUUAAUAAAUGGCUUAAAGAUUAACAGUGUUCAUGCUUACAGAGAGUAAUUUGUCGCUGGUCACUAAGCAGUAAGAGAAGCACAAACAGCGUUUACAAGACAUGUACAGAAAUAACAUCAACACACAGUGUGUUCGCCUGAAUGUCACUUUUGUAUUUUCAGAUGUGAUUAAAUGAGUGUAUUCUUUAACUGUACAUUUACAAACCUGAGCUCAUGUCAGAUUUAAGUUCAGAUUUGAAGACGUGGGGAAUUUAGCGCCCUCAUGUUUGUUUGAUUUUAUGCAAAGAAAAAGAGGUUUUAAUGAAAAGUAUGAAGCUGUAAACACAAAUUGAUUCAUUCAGAUUCUUGCAAGUAUUUUUUAAACACGAAACCAUGUUAUAUUUCACACUAACCAUCAAAUCUGUUUACAAUUGAUGAGCUGUUGAAGAAAGUGUGUUUUAAACGUGUUGCAAGACAGAGGUUUACGUUUGACUUGAAAAUCUGUGACAUAGCUUCAUGCUCUGUGUAUUUAUUCACUUAUUUAUUUAAUGAUCGUUUAUGAGACAUGUCAGUCACGAGGAAACAGUAGUAAAUGUGUUUUGUUUGCUGCAGACUUUAUCUCUGGCUACAGGCCAUUUCCUAAGAGUCAGAAUAAUGUGAUUAUAUGAGAAGCUAUUAGGAGCAGGAACCAGUCAGCUGCUUGUUUGUAUACUAUCGAUAAGUGGCCUGUAGUUCUAUAGAACAUAAUGUUUAACAUAAUGUUUAUCUAAAGUCCUUUGCAGAUUAUAAGAGUUUAUAUAAAAGGUUUUUUAUGUUGAGAAGGUGUCAGUGUUUGAACAUUUCAG